CUUCUUCUUCUUCUUCUUCUUCUUCUUCUUCUUCUUCUUCUUGCUGUUGGUUCCCUUUGUGAGACGAUCGUUCCAUCCUUCCCGUCUUCCGUCGCAUCUCAGCCUCGUCGCAUCCCGUUUUAUUCUGGGCCAAAGCCAAAGACUCCCGAGUAGUCAGUCCCAUGUAUUCCUCCGUUGCUUCCUCUCCCCCGACAAUUCCCAGAUGAACCGGACAUCUGGCCUCCAAAAUUGAUAAUAUAUCUGUUUCCCGCCGUCAAUCGUUGUGGUUCUUUCGUUUUGCUAUCAGCUGCUGGUUGGUGGCAUUUCUAUACAUCAUCAUAUCAUCAUAUCCUCAUAUCAUCAUGGCGACAAUCCAGGAGCGAAUUGCGGCCUUGAACCAGGCGCAUGUUGAACGAGCACCAGCUACUUCUCCUCCCCUCGAGAUAAAACCAGAUCUACCGGGCCCAAGACCCUCGAUGACCGGCAGAUACGUAGACCCCGACAACGAGUUGCGUUCCCCCUCAUUCUCAAUCCCGAUCAGAGAGCAGGAAAUACUACCUCCGCCAUCCAUUACAAGGACCGGCCAGAAGCCAUUAUCAUCUCCUACCCCGCCAACUAAACCAAUUAAACCUAAGAAAUCGCCACCCCCUCUCCCUACGAGAAAACCUCAGGGUCAACCAUCGCCUGCUCUACCCCAGCGCAAAUUGUCCAAUACGCAUCUUCGCAGAAACUCGGGGGAUUCUUCGUUGUCGACCACGUCGAUAUCAGGCAGAUCGACGACAAGUUCGACGGGGAAUGGCAAAUCGCCUUCUAUCCACUCAACCUCUACUGAAAAGUCGACAACUCGCAACCUCCCCCCAGCGUGGGGUGAAACUACACUUCCGCCGUUGCCUCCAAAGAGAAGUGGGAAUACAAAUGGGCAUCAAACGCUGAAAUCUCGGCCAUCUCUGGGUGUGCUCGGUGGCGGCCGCAAGACAUCAUCCUCCUCCAUCUCUCCUCUAACACAGAAACUUCCUCUUCGUUCAAAUACAUCUAAUGCCAAUGAUGUGCCUGCAAUCCCACCCCGGAAAUCUACCCAUAAGGACUUGCAUAAUCCUCCCCAAUUGCCCCAGCGCAAGCUUCCCCCGCCAGCCCCGUCAUCCAAGACACUUGAAAAGAUCAGAGAAUCCUCCUUCGCCACCAUUAAAAAUAGCUCAAUAAAUCACGAGCCAGUUUCGAAUGGCGAUGUCCAUGUACAACAAGCCAAUGGCUCACCACCUCCAGUUCCGGUGGGGUCCCGUCCAGAUCUGUCCAAAAUACAGGCAACUAAACCACGCAUGCCUUCCUCCUCCCAUUCUCCGCCCAAUACUGAGUCAACGGCUAUUUGUAUAUGUCGCGACUUCUCCGGACCGGAUUCUCAUGCAGCUCGAUUUCCCAGACAAUCUCUUCCCACACACGACCUUUCCUGGCUGGCUAACCAACUUACAGCCCCCUUCCCGUCUCUUACAGAUAAAGCUCGAGCCAUAUUCACCUGGCUCCACCACAACAUCGAUUAUAAUGUUGAUGCAUUUUUUAAUAGUAAUGUGAAAUCUUCAACGCCGGAUAGUACAUUCAACACCGGUCUUGCUGUUUGUGAAGGGUACGCUGCCCUCUUCGAACGGCUGGCAACGCUUGCCGGAUUAGAGGCACGCAUAAUCACAGGCCACGGCAAAGGGUACGGCUAUACUCCUCUUGCUCCAGGUUCACCAAUUCCACCGUACGACGGCAACCAUGCCUGGAACGCGGUGCGAAUUGAUAAUGGACGGUGGAAACUGAUCGACAGCUGCUGGGGUGCCGGGAACGUCCGCGGUAAAGGCGAGCCAUACAACAAGGAAUUCACGCCCGAGUGGUUCACCAUGUCCAACGAUGAAUUCGGCAACAAGCAUUUCCCAGCCAACCCCAAAGACUUCUACCGAGACGAUGGCCGUCCGAGUAUAUCCUGGGAGGAAUAUAUGAGCAUCAACCCCUCGUGUCCAAGCGGCGUUGAACCCCCAAUCUUAUACACCGGUGUAAAACAACAGCACGGGAUUGGCGAGCGGUCACUUCAGCCACGAUCGAGGAAGCUCUCCGUCUACCAACCGGGCCCAAUCCGAUUCCAAUUCGGCCUCCUCUGCGAACACUGGACGCUUGCACGCAGUAACAUCCGCACGCCGUAUCUCUUUGUUUUAUGCGCCAAUGGCAACGACAGGAGUGAAAAGGAGUAUAUCCCCUUCCACUAUGUCCGUGGGUCUGGCCCGGGUGGCGCGGGUGACAUUUGGUACGUCGAUGUGCCCGAUCCUCGAGUGUUGGGUGCGCCAGGGCAGAAACUGCACAUCUACAGCGUAACGAGCUUUGCGGAUAUGCAUGAUAGUCGUGGUCUUGGUAGAGAGGAGUUCCUUCGUGGCGUUGGUAGGGUGGGCAUGGCAUUUGGUGGUAUCGCGGAGUGGGAGCUUGUAUGAUCAGGACGGGUGCCUUAUCUUCUCCUCUUCUCUCUCUCUCUCUCUCUCUCUCUCUCUCUUUCCUCUUUUAUUUUAUUUUAUUUUAUUAUUUUAUGUUUUUAUUUUUGUUAUUUUAUUUUUAUUUUUAUAUUUUGACCCAUUCAGGCAUUCGGUCUUCUCCAGGUUUCCUCUCUCCAGCUGCCUUUCAGCACCAUAUUUUUAUUUUCUUUUCCCAUCAGUUUUAUAACCAUCAGUUUUAUAAUAUUCCUUUCUGUGUUGCCAUUUUUAACCUUUCAUUGUCCCUUCUCUCUCUCUUCCGGUUUAUUUCGUUACAACCUUUUCUCCUUUCUUGAAAAGUCUGCUGAGCAGAGAAAGAACUUUUUUUCCACCCGCAGUUCAAUACUAGAAGCCUAGAAUCGCUUCACCCUUGUUUCCCAUUUCUACACCAUCCAUAUUAAUCCGCAGACUUUCUUUCUUUCUUAUGGCUUCUGAGUUUUCGCUCGGUCAGGAGUACGAAUAAUCUAUUUAUUUGUUCAUUCAAUUCAUUCAUCUGUAUGCCUUCCCCUAUUGCCAUUUACCACUUACCAUCACGAUCUCGGUAAACAACAAGCCUUCUGACGACUACUCACUCAUGUAUGCGCCAACGACACUAGACUGUCUUGGUUUAAAAUGCAUAGUUUGAUCACAUCACUACCUUGUUUCUUUAGGCCUUGGUUGAGGUCCGUCGUUAGGUCUGUGCCUUGGCUCCCCCCCCACUGUAUGUAUAGUAUGGGGCUUCAGGUCAACCAUACAAAAACUUCUCCUGAUGUGGUUGGUACAUGUACAUGUACACAAUAUUGGAUCUAUUGGCACUUUACCUUAUGAACCUCGUGCACGGUUAUCAUAUCAACCUCAACCUCAACAUCAACAUCAACCCUCCACCCGCCAUAGAUGUAUAGUACAUGUACAUCCUGUUUUCAAUCCCAUCCCCCCCCGCCCCCCCGCGCUUGUUGCUGCAUGUAAUCGAAUGCAGUUUGUUCAUGGAGUAGAUUCAGAGAGGGGGGUUUGGGGGGCUUCCUUGCCGGAAAUCUUCGAAUCGGCCUCAGCUUCUGUAGCCCCUAUUGCCUUGCACAUCUCUAUGGAGAAAAGAGAACUGAGCCUGCGGAAGUUGUUGGGUGACAGGGGCAAGAUUCUGGCAACCCAAUCUGCUUGGCCCCUGAUGAUCCUCGCACCUCGUCUCUGCCGUCUUGAGUUCGGACUGAUGCAAAUGUUAAACCCUUGGAACUUGAACUUGAACUUGCAAUCUCAAGAUCGUAGACCUGAACUGAGGCCUAUUUCUCAAACAUCAGGGAAGGUUAAGUAAAUUCAAUUUGUCAAACUCUCCGCAUGAGACAGACGUAUUCGUCAUCCGCCAACCCUCACUACCGCAACCUAUAUCCUACCUACUGUAACCCUGUAGUUGCACUUGCUGUUGUUGAACUGUUGGCUGUGAUGAGUCGUUCCCGGUUAUUUUAUCUCCUAUAUUUGUUUAUUUCGGUGUAUCUUUGUAUUUGCUCAAGAGGCUGAAUGAAUGAGAUGACUGGAUGGGGGGAUAGAUAUUUGGAGAAAAAAAAAGACGAGUUUAGAAAUGGCUCAGGGAAUUCUGCGGCAGAAGCAGUCAGAAUCGACGCGGUGAAAUGUACUGUGCGCAGAUAUCCCCUCCGCUCAUAUAAUAUGACGCUUCGUCAAUCAGCGAAUAAAAAGGAAAAUAAGGAAAGGAACAGUAUAUAAAAUGAAAAGGAGCAGGGACAUCCCUUGCAAUGUAUAUGGAAUACACCACUUAUCCGACCAAAAACGGAUAUAUAAGGAUCCCUCCCAACUUACCUGGUCGUGGAUGGUCACCUUAAUUCUAAUGAGCAAACCUCUCCGCUGGCCCUAACUUACCCCUAAAAUAAUUUACAUGGCUCCAUAGAACAGGACGUAACUAACACACUAAACUGUGGUCAAGUCACACUGGAGCUGUUAUCAUCUUCUUGUUCCUCCUUUUGUGCUACUUACCUCUGUUCCCCCUAACAACCUUCCCUCACCGAGAUUUCCACAGAGGUGACACGAGAAUAUCAUUGCAUGAUUGCAUGAUUGCAUGCGUCGCCCGUUCACACUUUUAUUUGUCAAUUUUUUAGCUCUCGUAUCACCCUUUUGAGGGGCUGCGCAGCGCAGCGCCGGCUUAGCUGGUUCAGCUGUAUUUUCUUACCGAGGAGUGAUUAAGGGGGCUGGGAGAAGAAUGGGGUUGAAGGUAGUGGGGAAGGUUAUAUCAUUGUUAUCUUAAUAGGACGCUGCAAACCGGUUCAUGUCUUGUCUAUAUCUUUUGAAAUCAAUUGGGAAAAACUAAAAGGGGGUUAGAAAGGGGGGGGGGGGG